AUAUAAGUCAGGAAAGAAAGAAAGAAAAGAUGGAGAUCGGAGUUGUAAGGCGGCAGCGCUAUGUAGUAUUGUUGGCAUACCCCUUUCAAGGGCAUGUAACGCCAAUGUUACAACUGGGACAAGUCCUUCAUUCAAAGGGUUUCUCCAUCAUAGUUGCCCACACCCAGUUCAACUCUCCAAACCCAAAGAACCACCCAGAAUUAGCCUUCCACGGCUUGGCGGAUGGAAUCCAAGCAAGUGACAUGGCUGUGAAUGAGAAGGGAGACCUGAUUUCUUGUGUCAUCUAUGAUCAUUGAUAACGCCAUGUUCUUUGUUGAUCACAUCGUUACUCUUCUCAACGUCCCUUCCAUUGUUUUUCGCCCUUUCAACGCUGUUUUCUUGGCAGCUUUUCUCCAUAUUCUUGAACACGAGGACACUAUUUCCCUCCUUCCUGGUAUGCCUUCUUAAUUUGUGCCUCAUAAAACAUAAAGAUUUAAACACGCAUAUACCUACUUAAAUAGUGUUGUAUCCACCUUUUUUAUUCAUUACUUGCUGUAAUUAUUUUAACUAGUUCGGAGGCAAAACAUAAUAAAUCUAUAAAAAUGAAAUAUUGUAAUUUUAGAACAUGAGAUGCCUUUACUAAGGACCUCUUUAAAAUUUUCUCAAUGAUGUAAGAAAAUGAAGAAACAAAACUACUCUCAAUUGCUAAUCUACUCAUGCUCCAGAGUUAGGCUUCAGGACUCUGUUCCUGAGCUUCAUCCGGUCAGAUAUCAGGACAUCCCAAUCCAUAGCAUUUCUGAAGAAGUAAGAAACUUCAUUUUGAAAGCAAGCAAAACAAGAUCCUCCAUGACCGUAAUAUGGAACACAAUGGAGGAUCUUGAGCAGACAUGGCUUUCAAGGUUUCAACAGCAUUGCAAAGUUCCCAUCUUUCAAAUAGGCCCUCUUCAUAAGAUUGCAUCAACCGGCAGAACUAGCUUGAUAGAUGAAGAUGAUAGCUGCCUGGUAUGGUUGGACAAGGAAGCUCCUCAGUCUGUCCUCUUUGUAAGCGCAUCGGGGAGUUUAGGUGCAAUUAGUGAAAGAGACUUC